AAUUUUUCUUCUGCUACCCUAAAUUCCCUGCUUUGGCUACUGAUCCUCUCCUCUGCAAAAAUGCAGAUCUUCGUGAAAACCCUAACGGGGAAGACGAUAACCCUAGAGGUUGAGUCUUCUGACACCAUCGAUAAUGUCAAGGCCAAGAUCCAGGACAAGGAAGGAAUCCCUCCAGACCAGCAGCGACUGAUCUUCGCCGGAAAGCAGCUGGAGGAUGGCCGCACUCUUGCCGACUACAACAUCCAGAAGGAAUCCACCCUCCACCUGGUGCUUCGUCUUCGUGGUGGUGCUAAGAAGAGAAAGAAGAAGACUUACACCAAGCCAAAGAAGAUCAAGCACAAGAAGAAGAAGGUCAAGCUUGCCGUGCUUCAGUUCUACAAGGUCGAUGACUCCGGAAAGGUGCAGAGGCUGAGGAAGGAGUGCCCGAAUGCUGAGUGUGGAGCUGGAACUUUCAUGGCCAACCAUUUUGAUAGGCACUACUGCGGCAAGUGUGGCUUGACUUAUGUUUACAAUAAGGCUGGCGGUGAUUAGGUUAUUUUUAAUGCGUUUUUGUUUGGUUAUAUGGAUUUGGUAAUUCUAAGUUUGCUACUUUUGGCUUAAUUUUGUUUAGUUGAGUAUGCUUCUGAUGGAUAUUCAUAUACUGGUUUUAUUGGUUUAGUUUCUUAAUAUACUUAUCUGGAUAGCUUAUAUCUAAGGAGUAAUUUGCUUUGCUUUU